CGAAUCUCGAACUUCAGUGCCACAAUAGUGGGAUAUAACAUUUAGUAGUUUGUUCAAAGCAAAGACAAAGAAAUCAUUUUAAUCGGGAGAGGAAUACAUUGUUUACUGGUCAAGUAAAGACAGCAAAACAAGUGAAAAUCUGAGGCAAAACAAACUCCCCAAGGAAAGCGACUAGUUCAAGUUCAGUUAUAGAGCUGUUGAGCUGAUAAGAUGAGCGGACGCGACAAUAGAGGAGCCGGUGGCGGCGGCGGUCAUCAACCGCUGAGCAGCGCCAUGGGCAAGCUCAAGGAGAAGCUGACCCGAGUAGGUGACGAGCUGGGCUACCAUCGUGUGGAGAGCAACCUGUCCACCUCGAACACAGCCACCAGUUUGGACACAAUUCUGCCGGAGGAUCCGUUCCUGUUCCCCCAAGUGUCGCCCCAAAGGCAUCCACAGACCGUGAGGACACAGCGCCUGCUGGAGGACGAGCCACCGCUGUCGUUCCGUCCACUUUUAGAGGACGACGACAUCAACGAGCCACCGACACAGCAGCAGCAGCAGCACAGGACUCCGCUGAGAGCCAGUGGCAGCUUGGAGCUGACCCCCCUGCCGCCACCGCCCACAUCCCUGGAGAUCCGCGAGCACCGCGAUCGCCAGCAGAGGAGCGCCCAGGGCGACGACUUGCAGCGCAGCAAGCAGAGCUUGAAGGGAUCACGGGUGUCCUUCGAGCGAAGGGACACCGGAAACAGCAAUAGCAAUACCAAUAGCAAUACCAAAGCGGCCGAGAGCAGCGACGAGGACAGCUUCGAGGAGAAGCGCAGUGGCUUCCAGCAGCAGAAGGCCACGAGUGUCGACCACAAGGGUAUCCUGAAGGACCUCAAGCACAUCUUGGCCAACGACAACCGGCGGCAGUUCCAGGCCAAGAAGCACGUCUCCCUGGACGUGAAGGGCACCCGCUUUCUGCAGGACCUGCUGAAGGAGUCCUCCUCGGAGGAGGAGUUCCACAAGACCCGUCGGGAGUUCCAGGGACGCAAGCACCAGAGCUUGGACCCGCGCGUCACCUUCAAGCUCGACAAGGUCCUUCAGGGCUCGAGCACCGACAGCGACGAGGAGGGCGAGGACGCCGAGCACAAGCGCCUGAUCCACCGGCCCAAGGACAUCACCAAGCCGGUGAUCAUCGAUCUCAAGGAUCUGGAGAGCGAGAGCGACGAGGACUUCCUCACUUCGCGCCAGCACUUCCAGCAGCAGCGCUCCAUCAGCACAGAUUCCCGCAAGAGCCGACGACUGUACGAGAUGGACGAGAUGGGCAACAAGCGCGGCGAGAACAUCCGUCAUGCGGUGCCCUUCGUGCGCCAGAUAACCGAGGAUGGCAAGCCCAAGCUGGAGGUCUACCGUCCCACCACGAAUCCCAUCUUCAUUUGGACACAGGUCCUGGCUGCCUUGAGCGUCUCACUGGGUUCCCUCGUGGUCGGAUUUUCGAGCGCCUAUACUUCCCCUGCUCUUGUGUCGAUGACCGAUAGGAAUAUCACCUCGUUCGAGGUCACCGAAGAUGCUGGCUCCUGGGUUGGUGGCAUCAUGCCACUCGCUGGAUUGGCAGGAGGCAUAGCCGGUGGACCUCUAAUCGAAUACCUGGGUCGGCGCAACACCAUCCUGGCCACGGCGGUGCCCUUCAUCGUGUCCUCGCUGCUGAUCGCCUGUGCCGUGAACGUGGCCAUGGUUCUGUGCGGACGAUUCCUGGCCGGAUUCUGCGUGGGCAUUGCCUCGUUGUCCCUGCCCGUUUACCUCGGCGAAACUGUGCAGCCGGAGGUGCGUGGCACCUUGGGUCUCCUGCCCACGGCGUUCGGCAACAUUGGCAUCCUACUCUGCUUCGUGGCGGGCACCUACAUGGACUGGUCGAUGCUGGCCUUCCUGGGAGCAGCUCUGCCCGUUCCCUUCCUCAUCCUGAUGUUCAUGAUCCCGGAAACACCGCGCUGGUUCGUGAGCCGCGGUCGCGAGGAGCGCGCCAGGAAGGCUUUGGUCUGGCUGCGUGGCAAGGAGGCCGAUGUGGAGCCGGAGCUGAAGGGCUUGAUGCGCUCCCAGGCCGAUGCCGAUCGCCAGGCCACGCAGAACACCAUGAUGGAGCUGCUGAAGCGCAACAACCUGAAGCCACUGGCCAUCUCGCUGGGUCUGAUGUUCUUCCAACAGUUGAGCGGCAUCAACGCGGUCAUUUUCUACACGGUGCAGAUCUUCAAGGAUGCGGGUUCCACCAUCGACGGCAAUGUCUGCACGAUCAUCGUGGGUGUGGUCAACUUCUUGGCCACGUUUAUUGGCAUCGUGCUGAUCGACCGGGCUGGCAGAAAGAUUCUGCUGUAUGUUUCCAACAUUGCCAUGAUCUUGACCCUGUUCGUCUUGGGUGGCUUCUUCUACUGCAAGGUGCACGGUCCCGAUGUCUCCCACUUGGGCUGGCUGCCGCUGAGCUGCUUCGUCGUCUACAUCCUGGGCUUCUCUCUGGGCUUCGGGCCCAUUCCCUGGCUGAUGAUGGGCGAGAUUCUGCCGGCCAAGAUUCGCGGCUCGGCCGCCUCCGUGGCAACGGCCUUCAACUGGACCUGCACGUUUGUGGUGACCAAGACCUUCAAGGACAUGACUGUUGCAAUGGGCGCCCAUGGAGCCUUCUGGGUGUUCGGGGCCAUCUGCUUCAUCGGCCUCUUCUUUGUGAUAAUCUACGUGCCCGAGACGCAGGGCAAGACGCUGGAGGACAUCGAGCGGAAGAUGAUGGGCCGAGUGCGCCGCAUGUCCUCGGUGGCCAACAUCAAGCCAUUGUCCUUCAACAUGUAAACGGCGUGUUGCCAAGGAUCUGAAUACGCGAUCAAACCAAAUACUAGACUAGUGCCUUUAGUGCUUAAGAAACGUGCGAGCGAUGUGGGUGCUCCUCGCGGAACGAGAGAACAUUACAAGGACCCCCGUCGAGGCGCUCUAAAAUUGUUAGUCCUAGCUAACUUGUAAUGCUUAGCAAAAGAAUUUCCUUUCUACACGCAUAACUGUUAUUAUUAUUUAAAAUCAUUAAGUGCAUAGUUUUAUUAUGUAAAUUAUGAUUUCUAGCACUAAUUUGUUGACAUUUUGAUGAAUGUUGCGUAUAUUAAUCGGUGUAAAAAAUGACAUGAAUCGUAGUUAGUUGUAGUGCAACAGAAACCCCCAAGAAACAUACAAUCUCCCUGAAAAUACACCAAUUGGCUAUAAAUCGAAUAUAUAUUGUACUAUAUCUAAGCCGUAAGUGUAUCUAUAUGUAGACUAAUUUAAAAUACAAAUCAAAGCAAAUCCAA